UGAGAUGCUAAUUAAAAUCUGAGCUCAAGGGUAUGUCGUGCCCGUUCCUGCUGCAGCAUUAUUAGAAUUUCUACUCUCAACAUGACUAUGCAAUGGACAAACACAACGUGCCCCUCCGUGAGAAAAGGAAAUUUUACUAAGUGAGAAUGAUGUUCCAGCUCGCUGAAUAAAGGAAACAGGUUUGGACUGAGGAGGAAUCCUGACUGAAAGAUUCUGCCAGUAAAACUUCUAGAACAUGUGGUAUCAGCUGUGACUGGAAACAGCAGGGCCAACAUAAUGUGAGAGGCUGUUCUGGUGGUAUUUCCACUUCAGUCAGAAGAAGGAAGACCUAAAAAUCUCAUGAGAAGACCUAUUGUUAUUCCAGGCAAGCUUUGUAGGAAAUCAAGAAACAUGAAUAAGCAACCAAAAAAUUGAGGUUUUACCCAGUCACUGCAGAAAAUUUUGAGAGCCUUGACAAACCUUUCACCAGACUUUCAUCCAGUUUCAGAUGAAGAGUCCAACGCAGUAGCUGCUCCAGUGCUCUAGUCUGUGUUAAAACAUCUAUGCACAUUCCAGAAGGGGACUGCAAAACAGAAGCAGCAAGUGUGCUUUGAGAAGCCCCACACCCCAGCAUAAGACAGAGCUCUGUGGGCCCAAUCCAUGGCAGCCGUGAAUGUAGGAAGUGAGCAAACCUUCCCUGCGGUGCCUAAGCUAUCUGUAACCCUUUCUGCUGCCACUCCAGCCUACUUCCGUGGAUUCACACUGAUUGCUCUGAAGGAGGGCAAAGAGGGAGACAAAGAAGAUGAUCAUGCAGGAACCUUUCAGAUUAUAGAUGAAGAAGAAACACAAUUCAUGAGUAAUUGUCCUGUUGCUGUUACCGAGAGUACACCAAGAAGACGGACACGCAUUCAUGUUUUCUGGACAGCGCCUCCUGUUGGUACAGGCUGUGUAAUUCUGAAGGCCAGUAUUGUGCAGAAGCGAAUUAUUUAUUUUCAAGAUGAGGGCUCUCUUACCAAGAAACUAUGUGAACAAGACUCAACCUUUGAGGGGGUGACUGAUAAACCAAUCUUAGACUGUUGUGCCUGUGGAACUGCUAAAUACAGGCUAACUUUUUAUGGAAACUGGUCAGAGAAGAUGCAUCCAAAAGAUUAUCCACGACGAGCUAAUCAUUGGUCGGCAAUCAUUGGUGGUUCUCACUCCAAGAACUAUGUCCUUUGGGAAUAUGGAGGAUAUGCUAGUGAAGGUGUUAAACAAGUUGCAGAGUUGGGGUCUCCAGUAAAAAUGGAAGAAGAAAUUCGACAACAGAGCGAUGAGGUUUUAACUGUCAUCAAGGCGAAAGCACAGUGGCCUGCCUGGCAACCGCUAAACGUGAGAGCUGCUCCCUCUGCUGAAUUUUCUGUGGACAGGACUCGUCACCUGAUGUCUUUCCUUACCAUGCUAGGCCCCAGUCCUGACUGGAAUGUAGGCCUGUCAGCUGAAGAUCUUUGUACCAAGGAUUGUGGCUGGGUUCAGAAAGUCGUUCAGGAUCUGAUACCAUGGGAUGCUGGUACCGACAGUGGGGUUACCUAUGAGUCACCCAACAAGCCUACAAUUCCUCAAGAGAAGAUAAGACCACUAACGAGCCUUGAUCACCCUCAGAGUCCCUUUUAUGAUCCAGAAGGAGGGUCUAUAGCAGUGGUGGCCAGAGUUGUCAUUGAGAGAAUUGCACGAAAGGGAGAACAAUGCAAUAUCAUCCCUGAUAACGUAGAUGACAUUGUAGCAGAUCUUGUUCCAGAAGAGAAAGAAGAAGAUGACACCCCUGAGACUUGCAUUUACUCAAACUGGUCCCCAUGGUCAGCCUGCAGCUCCUCCACUUGUGAUAAGGGCAAGAGGAUGAGGCAGAGAAUGCUUAAAGCCCAGCUGGACCUCAGUGUGCCUUGUCCUGAUACCCAGGAUUUUCAGCCAUGUAUGGGCCCAGGCUGUAGUGAUGAAGAUGGUUCCACUUGCAUGAUGUCUGAAUGGAUUACAUGGUCCCCCUGUACUGUUUCCUGUGGAAUGGGAAUGCGAUCUAGAGAGAGAUAUGUGAAACAAUUUCCUGACGACGGCUCGAUGUGCAAAGUACCAACUGAAGAAACUGAGAAAUGUAUUGUAAAUGAGGAGUGUUCUCCUAGUAGUUGCCUUGUGACAGAAUGGGCAGAGUGGAAUGAAUGCAGCGCUAGCUGUGGAAUGGGAAUGAAAAAGCGACAUAGAAUGAUUAAGAUGACUCCAGCUGAUGGAUCCAUGUGCAAUACGGAAACUACCGAGGUGGAGAAAUGCAUGAUGCCAGAAUGCCAUACCAUUCCCUGUAUGCUCUCCCCUUGGUCUGAAUGGAGUGACUGCAGUGUCACGUGUGGGAAGGGAAUGAGGACCCGGCAAAGGAUGCUGAAAUCUGCAGCUGAGCUUGGAGACUGUAAUGAGGAGCUGGAGCAAGUGGAGAAGUGCAUGCUUCCAGAGUGCCCCAUUGACUGUGAAUUAACUGAGUGGUCCAAGUGGUCUGAAUGCAAUAAAUCCUGUGGAAAAGGUCAUAUGAUCAGGACAAGAAUGAUUAAAAUGGAACCACAGUUUGGAGGAGCUCCAUGCCCAGAAACUGUCCAACGUAAAAAAUGUCGAAUAAGAAAAUGUUUGAGAGGUCCAGGUCUAGAGAAAAGGCGGUGGAAAGAAGCCCGUGAGAAAAGGAGAAGUGAACAUGCCAAGGAAGAUGUAGAUGGUGAACUGUAUCCAGGUUGUAAGAUGAGACCAUGGACUGCUUGGUCAGAAUGUACCAAACUGUGCGGCGGUGGAAUUCAGGAACGCUUCAUGACAGUAAAGAAGAGGUUCAAAAGCACUCAGUUUACCAGCUGCAAAGACAAGAAGGAGAUAAGAGCAUGUAAUGUUCACCCUUGUUAGCAAAACCCGAGGCUGCAAAGUGAUGGAGUCUGAGCUAAAUGGAAAGUCAACCAUGGUUUGAUUUUUAAAAAUAUAUAUAUAUAAAUGCAGCAAAGAGUCCUGUGGCACCUUAUAGACUAACAGACG